CAGCCUGACAGUGAAGGUGGGUUCACACAAACCUUUUUGAAAUCAUGGACGAGAAAUUACGAAUGCUACUACGCUGAAGGUCGGUUGAUGAAUAUUGAUCUCAUGCAGACUUUGCUUGGAAUCCUUAGGUAAUGUUUGUCUCAUGAAUAUUACUUAGGUAGCGCUAAUGUUGCAUGAUAACCUUCCAGCGGUGAUGGCUUGUCUGCUGAAUAUUAAUAGGCAAGCAUUCUCCAUAGUAAAUUCAAGUUAAAGGGACCGUCUGCGCCAGCGGAGACAGGUGGGAUAUUUAUCGUCAUGCUGGAAAUCCAGACUCUGCGUACUAACAGGCGGCGUACGCGAUUUGAACCUUCUGCUUGGCUAUUAAACAAACACUGAGAUCAUAUUUACUCUAAAUGAUGCCGAAUCCCUCUCUGCCUUUGGACAUUGUCAGGACUGCCGUCAUAUUUCUAUGAGAAAACCCUCAGAAAUCAGUGCGGCCAAGAGGCUUCAGCAUGUUUUGAGUAAAUAAAGGCAUCGAACGAUAUUUCCAUUGCAUAACACAAUGCUGGAGAAGAGUAAAUAUAAUUUAGUAGACGACUCAAUGGAUCAGAGGAUUCCUGCUGAUAAUGAAGGGCAUUUCCAGCAUGGGCUCACAUUCGAGGUGAAGUUCAUAGGGAGCCUGGAUAUUGUGCGACCUAAAAGCAGGAUUGAAAUAUUGGCCGCUAUGAGACGAAUACGGUAUGAGUUUAAAAUUAAGAACAUCAAGAAGAAGAAAGUCAGUCUUAUUGUGUCAGUGGAUGGUGUCAAGGUAGUUUUGCGGAAAAAGAAAAAGAAAUAUGAAUAUAGCUGGGAUGAAAGUCAAAUGACACUGGCCCAAGACCCCAUUUUCAGAAUAUUUUACGUAUCACAUGACUCACAGGACCUGAAGAUAUUCAGUUAUAUAGCAAGAGACAAGAAAAGCAAUGUGUUCCGCUGCAAUGUCUUUAAAUCCAAGAGAAAGAGCCAAGCCAUGAGGAUAGUGCGGACCGUGGGUCAGGCGUUUGAGGUGUGUCAUAAACAGAGUCUAGACAAUGCUGACGCAUGGCUUGUAAAAGGAGAGGAGGAGAGAAGCAGAGAUGAAACUCCGGUUUCUGGCAACACCACUGAGGAAUCAGACAAUGCUGGCCUGGAGAAAGAUGACAAGGUGUAUGAAGCACCAGUGCUGGUGAUGGAGUCAUCCAGGCUGGCGUCUCCUCUCUCCAGCCCUCUAACUGUGAGCCAUCAGGUGCAGCUCCUGCAGAGGCAGCUACAGCAGCAGGAGCAGAGGAGUCAAGCCGCCUCUGCACAGGUGGUUCUGCUGCAGCAGCAGCUGUCAGUGGAGACCAGCGCCAGGACAGAGGCUCAGGCGAGAGUCCAGCAGCUCCUGCAACAGAACACUGAACUCCUGCAGCAUCUCUCGCUUCUGGUCAAACAUGUGCAAGAGCUGGAGCUUCGCACUCAACCACACAAGAACUCUCCCUUGGGAUCUCAAGACAGCCUUCUGGAAAUCGCCCUGCGUGCCAACAUGCCAGCUGUAUCACGUGACCCUAUCCCAAAUCCCCCCUCAAGUGCUCGAGGGGGCUUCCCUCUCUCAAACAGCCUGGUUCGACAGGAUAGCUUUCAUUUCUUCACAGAAUCUUCAGACCAGGAGAAGAAGCCAGAGCAGGACCGUGACUCAGGUCAGGGUCAGGAUGAAGAUCAGUCGGUAGGUUCCUCUCCUCCAGGGAACCAGUUCCUCAGUGCACUGAACACACCUGGAUUCAGAGAGUCAGGUAUCGCAUCCGGUUAUGAAUCUAACACGGAUGAGAGCGAUGACCGGGACAGCUGGGGCCAGUAAUUCUGUGCAUCUGUGUGUGUGAGAGACUGUUCCUGCUAAAAAAAAUAAAUAAAUAAAUAAAAAUAAACAGCUCACACCAGCAGGGGUAGCAGCUAAGCACUUUAGCUUUGUGGAGAGAGUUUUGCAUUACAGCUUCAGCUGUCAGAAUGAUCACCUGUCAGCAGUGUUGGGGAAAGUUACUUUUAAAAGUAAUGCAUUACAAUAUUACGUUACUCCCUAAAAAAGUAAUUGCAUUACCUUUUAUGAAAAGUAACGUGUUACAUUACUUUUGCAUUAUUUUUUUCUCACCUGGGCUGGGCUUUCUUGUUUGUUUUUUAAUAACAACAAAAAAAGUUCUGUUUUUGGAAAAUGUUAAAGCCCUUUCACAAAGUGAAAUGAAUAAGCCUCAGGCUGAAGGAAAUGCAUAUUUACGCCUGUACUGUAGAGGGCACAGCUCAAACAAACCUUUCAGCUGUGCUGCCAUUCUGGAUUAAAGAAGAAUAGGAUACAGGAGAAGGAAGUUCAACACUCUUAUUUUUUAAAUCUAAUCUAAAGUAAUUUUUGCUUAUUAGAAUGGUUGAAUUAGAUAAUUGAAGUUCAGCAGCAAAUACAUUGGUUAAUAAAGUGAUAUUAAAUACAUAAAAUAUACUUAUAUAAUUUAAUAUAGUUAGUUGUUACAGGAUUACGUAAAAUUCUGAGGUCGCAUUUCACUGUUUUUAUUUAUUUUGAGGAAUACUGAAUGUUUUCGCGCAAAUGAGAUGAGUAAAUGCAUGUUUACAUUUAGUCUAGAACUACAAUAACCAUCAUGUUUACAAAGUGCACACAAAACCUCUGCACUUCAUUUCUCUCAACAUGGGGAAUGGAGAGCUGUCAGUCAAUAAAUGUGAAAAAGUAUGUAAAACUUAUUUGAAAAAGUAACUUAGAUAUUUUGUUGUAAAUUGAAAAAGUAAUGCGUUACUUUACUAGUUACUUGAAAAGUAAUCUGAUUACGUAACUCAAGUUACUUGUAAUGCGUUACCUCCAACACUGCCUGUCAGAAUAAAAUUGUAAAAAAAAAAAAAAAAAAAAAAAACAUCCCACUGUAUUUAUUUAUGAAAAUCCCAACCAGUGUGUGUUCAGGUUGUUCUACUUAAAAUCAGCCGAACAAUGUCUAACUGUAAAAACAUAGUUCACCCAAAAAUUUAAAUUCUGCCAUUAUUUACUAACCCAAAUGUCAUUCCAAACCUGUUUGCAGACCUGUUUUUGUCCAUACAAUAAAAGUCAGUGGAGUUCAAUUAAUGUUGUUUUGGGCCCCAGUGACCUUCAUUGCUUGGACAAAAAAACACUUAAAACAUUUUUAACAAUAUACUGUUCAGACAUUUGGGGUCAGUAAGAUUAUUUUAGAAGAAGUUAAUACUUUUAUUUCGCAAGGAUGAAUUAAAUUGAUCAGUAAAGUGACAAUAAAGAUGCUUAUAAUGUUAUAAUAUUUAUAUUUCAAAUAAAAGCUUUUUUUUUUUUUUUCUUUUCUUUUUGUUUGUUUGUUUUUUACUUUCUAUUCAUCAAAGGAUCCUUAAAAAAUACAUCACGGUUUUCCACAAAAACAUUAAGCGGUACAACUGUUUUCAACAUUGAUAAAAAGAAAUUUUUCUUGAGCAGCAAAUCAGCAUAUUACAAUGAUUUCUGAAGGAUCCUGUGACAUUGAAGACUGGACUGAUGAUGCUCUGUCAAAAAAUCUCCCAUCACCCAAAACUUUUGAACGGCAGUGUAUAAUCUUUCAUGUUCCACAGAAGAAAGUCUUUAAAUCUUAAGUCUUUUUAUCCCUUUAAAGCUAAAUGUCUACAGUGAUUCAUGGUCAGUUAACAUGAGUCUCAAGAAGCAUUUGACUCCCCUUUUUUAUUUUUUAUUUUUUUUAUUUCAUUGAUGGGCUAUGUAGUUGUUCAGCUCUGAAUCUAGACUAUGGCUUUGUUUAUUUUUAAAGGGAUAUAUGGACAGCCAUACAUUUAAUGCCAGUUUUAUUUAAAUACUUUUUUAUUGCAUGUUUUAUUAUGUUCAAGCAAAAUGCAAAGUUGUCUUUGUGGGCAUUUCAUUUUUUUUUUUAUUUUUUUUUUUUGCCAGUGUCUUUAAUGUGGCAGGCUUGACUAUACAAUUUUGUGCAGCAACGCUAAAGAGAGAGAAUAGUUCUGUCAAUAUGUUAAAUUCCAUGUGUGAAGCAUGAAGCAUUUUGCAGAACAGCUCGAACUGUUACACACUAAACACUGAUACCAGUGUUAAUAUAAAGUGAAAUUAUUUGUGCAGUAAUGUCACAUAAUUUCUCAAGUGGUAUAACAGCACUCUACUGUUUAUUUAUUGGGAAGAGUGUAGCAAGUAAUACUAACACUGUGUAUUUUGUGCUCAAGUAUUGUCUAAACUAAAGGCUGCUGCAUUGUAGCAUUAAUUUUCUUUUAAAUAAACUCAUAUAUUCAAGAGUUGUGGAUCUUCGUUAAUUUUGUCCUUAGGAAUGAAUGAAAUGUAAUAAAAAAAUUAAGUUUUUGCAUCUGAAAUAAA